AAUCUAUAAUCUGUCAUAUGUCAAAAUUGAAAAUUAAAGAAAAUAAACGAGAAAUUAAAAUUAUUGUUUGUUCAUUAUCCAACUUCUUAUAUCUCUCUUCUCAGUUCUCAGUUUAUUAUAUUAUCGCUCAUUAGUGAUUUUAUUGUAGAUCCUGAAUACUUAGAACGUUAUGUUAAAAGACAUUUUUAUUUAUUUGUAUAUUUAAAUUAUAUAUAAUUUAAAAUGUUUUCGUCGUUAAAAAUGAUAUUUAAAUGGAAUUCCUCAAAACCCUCAGAAAGCAACAUCAGCAAGAAAUCAUUACUUUUAAUUGCUUUUACGAAUGCCCUUCAAGAUGUCUUAUUUUGGAACAAUUUAUGGUUGUCUUUGUUGUUUAUACUAUAUUUUCACAUAACUUUUAUAGCACUUUUCUAUCGCCAAUUUAAUAUAUUGCAAAUAAUAUGUGGAUUUUCUAUUCUUAUUGUGUGUGUUGAUGCAUUUGAAGCUUGGUUAAAAUAUAAACAUCGGACAACCUGUUUAAAACGUUUGGCACAAAAUGGUAAUAAUCAACUAUCACAAUCAUUAUUUAGAGUAUCUCAAUGGAUCAAUAAGCAAUGUAUAAACUACAUUGAGUUACGUGAAAAUAAUCCUACUAAAGCUUUUCUGCUAAUGGAAAUAAUGUUUGGUAUGAUUUUCAUCAUUGGAAGAUAUACAAAUGGAUAUAUACUAACAUAUUUAUUUUCUAUGUUAUUAAUAUUUUUAAACAAAUUAAUACCACCCUUAAAAAGAGUUAUUAACAGGUUGCGGCAAACAGCAGAAUCCGAUUUUGAAUUGGAGGGCCUUGUGCCAGAUGCAUCUGCAGAGAAUUUAGAUUUACUUUCAAUUGAACCAGAAAUUCAAAUUAUGUUUGAUGAAAAACAAAGUUUGGAUUACUGGAAGCCUGAAGACUUGCCCAUUGAAGAUGCCAGUGAUAGUUCAGAUAAUAGUAGCUCUCUAGUUACAAAUUUGUCUAUGGAAAAAUUACAGACUUUGGAUAAAGACGUGGAUGUUACAGACUCUAGUGAAGAAGAAUAUAUACCUGAAGGACAACAUGAAAAAUUUAGAUCAUCUAUGGAAGUACAACCAGUUGGAAGUUGGAGCAGUUCUGCAUAUAAUGCUUUAUCUGCUUUAGGAGGUGCUGUAUCUAACAUUGUGUAUAGUUCCAAUUCAGAAAUAAAGAGAAAACGAGUAUCUAGUGUUGAUUCAUCUGAUGGCUUUGAAAUGGUUGAUAAAAAUGACAUACUGUAAUAAAUACUUAUUAUAUUUUGUAAUUUAAAGAAAAUAUAAUUAAUGUUUAGCUUAACUGAUGUAAGGUAUAUUUAUAUAAAAAAAACUUAGAGGAUAACAUAUCUUGUACUUAAUUAAAUAUUACACGGCAUAUUAUCUAAUCUUGACAUUAAA